AUGCAAGCUUCUCACAUUUUGUUGGGACGGCCACGACAAUAUGACAAGAAGACUACUCAUGAUGGCUUUACCAACAAGUAUUCCUUCUUGCACCACAACAAGAAGAUGACUCUUGUCCCUCUCACACCUCAGCAGGUGCAUGAAGACCAACUGCAAUUGCAACAGGAGCAUGAACGAGAAUUGGCUAAGAAGCCAACCGAUUCUAAAGCAAUCACUAAGGCACCGGUCGAGGGGACAUCUACCCCUGGAUCAUCUGGUCGAGUGGAGAAACGGCCUAACUUGCUUGCCAAGAACAGGGAAGAAGCACUCAAUGACUUACCUCCUGAAAUCUCCUCUUUAUUACAAGAAUUUGAGGUCAUUUUUCCAGAUGAGAUCCCCAGUGGUCUACCACCACUUAGAGGGAUCGAGCACCAGAUCCACUUCAUUCCUGGAGCAUCCUUACAUAACAGACCGGUCUACAAGAUGGGCCCUGAGGAGACUAAGGAGAUCAAAUGGCAAGUAGAUGAGCUCUUAGAGAGAGGUUGGACUCGAGAGAGCAUGAGCCCAUGUGCAGUUCCAGUCAUCCUUGUCCCCAAGAAGGAAGGCACUUGGAGGAUGUGUGUAGACUGCCGUGCUGUCAACGCCAUCACAGUUAAGUAUCAUCACCCUAUAUCUCGUUUAGAUGAUAUGCUUGACGAAUUGUAUGGUGCAGGCAUAUUCACCAUGAUAGAUCUUAAGAGUGGCUACCAUCAAAUUCGAAUGAAGGAAGGUGACGAGUGGAAGACAGCCUUCAAGACUAAGUAUGGUGUAUAUGAGUGGAAUUGGAGCCGUGUUGAUCCAAGAGGAAGGCCGAUCGCGUACUUUAGCGAGAAGUUGAAUGGUGCUGCCUUGAACUACUCUACCUACGAUAAGGAGCUUUAUGCUUUGAUUCGUGCACUGGAGACAUGGCAACAUUACUUGCGGCCUAAAGAAUUCGUCAUCCACACUGACCACGAGGCGUUAAAGCAUCUCAAGUCUCAACACAAGUUGAGUAAGAGACAUGUGCCGCGGGUCAACUUUGUGGAGUCAUUUCCCUAUGUGAUCAAGUACAAAACUGGCAAGACCAAUGUCGUUGCCGAUGCACUAUCCAGGAAGUAUGCCUUGAUUGCCUUACUUGAUGCUAAACUCCUUGGAUUUGAUCUUAUCAAAGAACUCUAUGAUACCGACUCGAAUUUCUCUGAUAUCUACAAAUCUUGUGCUAAGUCGGGUCAGAGUAAGUUCUUCAUACAUGAUGAAUUUCUGUAUUGUAAUGACAAAUUGUGCAUUCCGUCAUACUCUAUUCGGGAGUUACUAACCCGUGAAGCUCACGGAGGUGGUUUGAUGGACAUUUCGGUGUCACCAAGACUCUGA